CCCACCCUGGCGAUAGGGAUGAUGUCAUUGCAAAACAGGCUGGGGAGGAUUCUGCACUGCAUUUCAUUGUGCUACACUGUAGUCGCCUCCCCCUGCUGCUGAAGCACUAGGGCAGUGAGUGACUCCCAAGCAAAGUGGGGGGGCGGGGUGGAACCAUACAGACAUCCCAAGGGAGCCGCUAGCCUUACCCCAUGUCUAGGUGAUUGACUCCCACGUUGUGUCUUUUUUAUGGUCUCACAGGAGAAGGGGGAAAAUCCCAAACCCAGCUGCGUAAAUGAGUAUGGAAGAUUAUGAUUUUCUGUUCAAAAUUGUUUUAAUUGGCAACGCUGGCGUGGGGAAAACCUGCUUGGUCCGACGCUUCACUCAGGGGCUCUUCCCACCAGGUCAAGGAGCCACUAUCGGAGUUGACUUUAUGAUUAAGACUGUGGAGAUAAAUGGUGAAAAAGUGAAGCUGCAGAUCUGGGACACGGCAGGUCAGGAGAGAUUCCGAUCCAUUACGCAGAGUUAUUAUCGCAGUGCCAAUGCAUUAAUAUUGACCUAUGACAUAACCUGUGAAGAAUCCUUCCGAUGCCUUCCCGAAUGGCUGAGAGAAAUAGAACAGUAUGCCAGCAAUAAGGUCAUAACUGUGCUAGUGGGUAAUAAGAUUGAUUUAGUCGAAAAAAGGGAAGUCUCCAAACAAAGAGCUGAAGAAUUUUCAGAGGCCCAAAAUAUGUAUUAUCUGGAAACUUCUGCUAAAGAAUCGGAUAACGUGGAAAAACUCUUUCUGGACUUAGCUUGCCGGCUGAUCAGGGAGGCAAGACAGAAUACACUUGUGAACAAUGUGGCAUCCCCGAUACCAGGAGAGGGGAAAAGUAUUAGCUAUUUGACUUGCUGCAAUUUCAAUUAAGAGCUGGCCCAAGAUCCACCCCAAUGGGCUCAGAGAGUUUUUUGCUGAGAUUUCUCUCAGUGAAGGCAAUUCCUGCCACUUUGACCCAUCUGACUCACAUCUAAGUCAGGUUCUUGAUCAUAAAGCAUGGCAGGCUGGCCGCUCCACCUGCAGGUAAACAUAGCAGAAUAUAAUAUGGUUUAAUCUUUUUUGCAGUCUCUGGCGUUGGUUAGGAAAAAAGUUUGCACACAGAACUCAAUAAAUUCCAAAGCGUGGGCUGCUACGUUACUUUCUUUGAAGAAAAGAAGAAACCUCCCCUGAUGAUACUGAAGAAAGCAGGAUCUUUUUUGCAGCACACAUAUUUGGUCCUUUUUAAAGAAGAUGAACUUUAAGCCUUGGACUAUAUAGUAUUGGCAUUCUUCCAGGCUGCCGGCCAAAGGAAUGCGUAGGAUGUGUAUAUAGCGUGUGCCCCAAGCAUCCUGAUGCGGGACUCAGUUCUGUGUUUGAAAUAGUGUUAUAUCUGCCAUCUGCAGGCACUUUCAUGAACUUGGAAUUAAAAAUAUAUAUAUCAACAUUUCCAAACAAAACAUUUGGAAAAAAAGAUAUGUCUCCUGGCUCAGUCACUCCUUUUGGUGCUAGCACUUCAGCUGAAUAUUUCAUAGACCAAACCUAGUUUUAUUACAUUACUGUCCUCUGAAUGUGUAACUUACAGUAAUUAGUGAAAAUAUGCUAAUAAGCACUGUCCAUAAAAUAUCAUUACCUCUUUUUCUCAGCCUGAACAUAGUGGAUAAGGACUGUGCUUCUUUGAUGUCAAUUGUGGGGUGAAAAGACUUUUUCCUUGAGUCAAAAAAUGAAUGACCAGCCCUGGCCGCCACAAAGAGGGGCUCUGUAAACAAUAAUUUCUUAAUGUAAUGAACUAGUUUUGAGAAUACUUAUUGAUGGAAUUAUAAACAGAUCAGAUCUGACCAAAAUAUUGUGCUUGCAUUGAUCAUGUGUAAGGGUUCAAAGGCAGAGCACAGUUUUAGAUGGCAGUCCAGUGUGUUUGAGUAAUGAAAGCUUGUAGUUACAGGUCUUGCUUGAGAAGCAAGUAUACAAUUUUGUAUGAUUUUUUUAAGCUUAAAUGAAAAUGGCAGCAAGUUAUGAAUCAUUUUGUGUCUUACUCAUGCAGUGAUCAUCUUAUGAAACUGUAUCUUGAAGCAAUUCAAGGUACCAGUUUGUCAGUGACUCUGUAUUAUAGUAGCUUUUGGAUACAUGACCAUAGAUUCAUUUAAUUUUCUUGUUGCUUUGUACUUUUAAGUCUCAGAUUCCAAUGUAUGUAUAAUUAUUUGCUUAGGCAAUUUCCUUCUAUAAAACCUCAAAUGUGGAAGCACUAUGGUAUUUGUUAUAUUACACCUCUAGUGCCAUGUUCUAGUUAUACAUUGGACUUUGCACAUUGAUGCUAAAGUAAAAUUGGAAAAGAGGUUGGAUACAUACAAGGCAAAUAAUUCUUAAAUGUUUGGUAUCAGUUUUAUUGACUUUGAAUGAGGCUAAAACUCUUGGUAACUUCGUGGCUGUGAUACAUUGUAACUUAGCAUUAAUCCGCUCGAUAUCAUGUAUUAUUUGCUGAAGAUGUUGACUGGCCUUUUGUAUUAACAUGAAAAAAGCUGCCAAUAAGUAAAUCUUGAAAAUAAAAAUGGCCUUUUAAAA